GCAAGUUGCUGAACCAUCUCUCUCUCUGCCUCUCGUAUUCGGUGCGGUUAUAUCUGUCCUUUUUUCGCAUUUUCCCACACACAGAAAGACUCAAUUUCAACUCAAAGUCACUACUUUUUAAUGUAAAUUUUAAGAUAGGGUUUUUGCUCUAGUUUUACAUGCUCAAUAAAUUAUUGUUUUCUGAUAUUGAACAUGUAUUUAUCUGAGAAGCCUCGUCCUAUUGAUUUCUACAAAGGAGGGGGAGCGGGAGGAGGAGGAGAGAGAGACAUGGUGGUAGAGGUAACCUCUAAUGGCGACUUGCAACCUCAUCAUCAUCACCAGAACCAUCAGCACCCACAGAUGAUUCUAGGUGAAAGCAGCGGCGAAGACCACGAAGUGAAAGCUCCGAAGAAGAGAGCCGAGACUUGGAUUCAGGAAGAGACUCGGAGCUUGAUCAGUUUUCGCCGUGAAGUGGAUGGACUUUUCAAUACUUCUAAGUCGAACAAACAUUUGUGGGAACAGAUCUCCGCGAAGAUGAGGGACAAGGGUUUCGACCGCUCACCGACUAUGUGUACCGACAAGUGGAGGAAUUUGUUGAAGGAGUUCAAGAAAGUGAAGCAGCAAGAUAGGGGAAGUGGUUCGGCUAAAAUGUUGUACUAUAAGGAGCUUGAGGAGUUGCUUAGAGAUAGAACCAGGAAUAGUCCCUACAAAAGUCCUACUUCUUCGAAAGUCGAUUCCUAUAUUCAGUUCUCCGAUAAAGGUAGUCACUAAUUCCAUAAUCUCUCUUUUAUUUCUGGUGUUAUCUGCUUUAAUUAUGUCCAAAUGUUGAGGUCUAGACUUAUCGUCUGGAGGAUAUUGGGGUUAGGUUGCUGAUUGAGAAUUAUACUUCCGGAAUUUGCUUAAAAUUGGAAGUGUUUUUUUCUCUUUGUUUUCCAUGCGAAUACAAGGGAAGGAAAAAACAAUGAAAAAACUGGCCGAAUGGCUUAUUUUCUUCUUAAAGGAAUAUAAUUUUUUCCAAACUGCUAGCUGAACCAUACUGAAAUUUGCUUUAUUG